AUGCACGAAGUCUGCAAACCUGCAGAUGUAAUUCUCAACUCUUCUAAGUCGAUGCCAAAUUCCAAAAAGUCAUCUGGAGAGAGAGUUGGUUGUUUCAGUCGUGAUAGAGCAAGAGUACGAAGACCUCUCAAUCUCAUGGGUCUAGAUCAGCCGUUGAUGAAGCGAAAAGGCAAUAAAAUAAUGAACCAGAACGCAUAAUACCACUUUUUGGAAGAAAAAUUCAGGAUGUUUACUACGAAAUCGAGAAAAGCGCUAGGCUGUUAUCUCAAACGAUGCAG